GCUUUGUCCUCUGACUCUUUUGUGACAGACUCUAAUCCCCACCAGUUCCCCGACUCGACUCGACCACCGAUCCAAACCUCGUGUCUCUCUGUCCCUCACUGGCCCUGGCGUAGUAUUGGCUUACGGCUUCCCACUCACACACCCUCUCGCUCUCCCCGCCGCCCUUGCUCCUUAUACGUCUCCCUCGUCCUUCCCACCUCUUUCGCCAUCUGGCGCGCUUUCUGGCCGCACAUCUCCCGCACCUCUUUGCUGCGAGGCUCUACUCCUGCCUGUCCAAUCUCAUCCGGUCCAGUUCAGCCCACUGCCAUCGAAAACAAUACUCAAAUCAUCGAAUAGACGCUCCACCGCUUCCUCACCAGUUAUUACUGUUCAUUCCCAGCUCUUCGGCUCCCGCCUAGUCGCCUGGCUGCCCGGCAGUACUGCGGAAAUACCUCAAAACAACUGACCCCCAAAAGUGUAUCGAGUGGUUCAGUUGAGAGCUCCACAGGCUCUUCAGGCUCUUCCAAGAGUACAGGGAUACCGAGAUACACUAAACCUCUUUGCCUGGAACAAACCACCUGCAGCGAACGCCCGCCUUAAGCUUAGACACUCUCUCGCACCAAUUCCUGCCUGGCUCAGGCCUGGCGUUUCCCUGUCGCCGCGAGCAAAUGUCUAAUCGGUCAUCCCCCAAAGUGCCCGUUCCUACAUCCAGCUAGGGUUCACUCAAUCAAUGAUCCGGCUGCCCUUUUUCAAGCCCGCGUCGUCCCAAGACCACAACUGAACCAUCAGCAAUCAGAUCAAGCCGUCAUCUCGCCGUCCGCCUUCUUGUCCAUUUCCAUUUUUAUCCUCCAUCAUCAUCCUUUCUCAGUCUGAUCGCAAAUUCCCCAGAUUUCAUCUCCAUCCAACCGUCAUCAACCUUCCUUUCCAAUCACUCCGCAGGGGCUCGGUUCAACAAACCGAUUCCAAGGUGUCAUCACUGGGUUAUCGCCACCGCUAAACAAUUGGGCUGCGCGUCCCUCAACCCGCCAAACUCGAAUUUCCUCGGCAAAACGUCGUCAUUUUACAAACACACUGACCAUUUUGGGCGGGGGGACCACCAAUCUUGACUGACGGGCCUUGCCUAGGCACAAGAGGGAAACGGGGAACCAGUCAGCGAGAAGUCGGUGCUAGGAGGCGACAGAAAAGCAAAAAAAGAGGAACAAACCAUUUCUUGACUUGCAUCUGCAAGCCCCGAGCGCCAUCUCCCGCUCUUCUCUUGUACUUCCGCACCUUGCGACACGCAGCUCACAGAUCAAAAAAACUCACCACUGGCCGACCGACUGGCGUAACCGGCCGACCAACAGCGCCUCUUUUUUGGCACUGAGGGCCACUACUGCCACACUAAAGACUCCCCCCAGUUCGAGCUGCAUCCUUUGCCGUCCGCCUCCACCAAUCUACCUUCCGCCGCGGUCUCUGGUUCCAGCAUAACCCUCGUCAUCCUCGCUAACUUUACUUUUGCUGCACGCCUGCAACCGUGCUCUGCACCUGUGCACGCCUUGCUUCCCGCGCCUGUCUCUCUGUCUUGUCGCCGUCGCCAUCCUCGUUGCACUUCAAUAUUCCUGUUGUCGCACAUUGCUGAAGCGGCGCGGAGCGGAGGCACUGAUCAGACGCAGGCACCCUCCCUAGAUCUUCACGUCUGGGUCACCCAGCUCUGUGCUGCCUGGCAGCUCCUGGCGUGCUGAUGCGGGUGCAGAGCCUGCGCAUCAUCACCACCACCAUCUCCUCCACCACCACCAUUUCAUCGCCACGGCGCUGAAAUGUCCAUUUAUCCACCUACUCGCCAGCCUACACAUGCUCUGAAUGGUAUCGGCAACAUGAGCGAUGGUGCAGGAACCAUCGAUCCUGCAGCUUUGAACGCUAGUGGUGGAUUGAUACAGUCAUCAGCCGAAUCAGGCCCGCGCGGCAUCAAACGAAGCAGAUCUCCCGAACAAUAUGGCGAAUAUCAUCCAGGUGACGAUGAUGGCCCGCGCAAACGUGGUCGACCGUCGAAAACCCCCAGAACGUCUGGAGACUUUACUUCCAACGUCGAUGCCCUCCCAACACCCUCCAGCCAGACCUCCCCAGAGCUGAAUCAGACGCCCAGAAAUCAAGGAGGCCCACAACCACAGGCCUCCACGCCGGUACAAGCAUCUCCGCCGCGCACCCUUCCCAAAUCGACCAUAAAAGCACUGCCAACGGUCAGGGACCAUACCAGCGACGUGCUGCAGCCCGAAGGAGACGAGUAUAUGCCACGCGAGUACGACGAUGCAGGCGAGAAAAAGGUGGACCAACUGGGCUACCUCCAGGGCGGACGAGAGUACAAGAUCAGGACUUUCACCCUCCCCGGGAGAGGGCAAAAGCUGUUUAUGUUGGCAACGGAAUGCGCGCGUCAACUUCAGUACCGGGAUUCCUAUCUUCUCUUCAACAAAAAUCGGUCGCUCUUUAAGAUCAUUGCGAGCGUCAAGGAGAAGGAAGAGCUCGUUAACCGCGAGAUCCUGCCCUACUCGUACCGGUCACGCCAGAUCGCCGUGGUAACGGCGCGCUCGAUGUUUCGCCAAUUCGGCAGUCGCGUCAUCAAAGACGGUCGAAGAGUUCGAGACGAUUACUGGGAAGCCAAAGCUAUCAAGCAAGGAUUCACCGAACAGGAUGCUGCCGGCGAGAAGCGACCUGGAGCCGCAAGGGCCAGAGAAGCGGCCGCCCAGGACCAGUUGAAUGCUCGUGCUAACGUCGCUGCGGCAUAUGGUGACAUCGUCUACAGCAAUGGCCCGGGUUAUGGAGCUGUGCAACCGCCAGCUCUUCAUUCCGGGAUCGCAUCGACCAUGGCACAACUGGCUUCCUUCGACCCAACCUACGAAUCCAGGUACAAAGAUAUUGUGCGGCCGAGGCACGAAAUAACGGGCCCGCCAUAUCAAGAUCUCACUCGACCAAGUUCCGACGUGGAAUUGGCCAGUCAAGCCAGCCAUGCGGCUGAAUACAGCAAAACCAUCAACCAACAAAAUCGCUACAGGCGUGGACUUGUCGAAGACUAUUGGCGCAGGCCACAUGAACCGCCUGUUUCAACACCUCCUCCUGCGGAAGCUGAAGUUGCAACGACAACUCAUCCCUUCUCCUCGCCCCGAUUUAACACGAGCGACGUCCCUUCCACUCAGCCCAAUUCCAUGUCGCACCCUUCUCAGUCUCUACCGUCCUCGAUGAAUCCUCCUUCAUUCCCCCAUCAACAGCCUCCUAUCCAGUCACCCGUCCGCCAACCAAAUCUACAACAACCUUUCUCGCGCGAAUCAUCCCAGUACACCCCUCAACACCCAGGUUAUCAAAGAUCAUCUUCAAGUCUCUCCAUCUCGCAACCUGGCUCUCAACAACAACCAUUACCCUUCGGCGCAGGAUUCCCUCAUGCUAUCAACCCGCAACAGCAGCAGCAGCAGCCGCCGCAAUCGCAGUCACAGCAGCAGCAACAACAACAACAGCAACAACAAAGUUGGGGAGCUCCACCACCGCAGCCUCACCAGUCACCGGCUGUUCAUCGUAUGACUACGCCCCAAUUCUCGCCCAGCUUAGCACAAGGACAAAUUCCUUCGCCUUUACCUGGUGGCACCCAUGCUAGUCCGUCUCCUCACCCGCAACAAAUGCAACCACCACAGAUGCCGUUGCUCCACCACCAAGGGAGUUCUGGUGGAAUCGGCGGGCAGCAGCUAUAUGGUCCUGGAGCAGGACUGCAAGCGAUCAAUGCUGCUGCAGGGUAUGGGGCUCUCGGCAUUGGCCAGAGAGGCAUUUACCCCAUGGGCGGACAAAGUCAAUUUAUGCAGCCUAAUCCUCAGCAUGGGCAGGGAUGGCCUGGUCCUCAGAGUCAAGGCCAGGGAGGUGGACAAUGGACCCAAGGGUUUCAGUAGGACUUUGACCCGCCAUGAGUUUUGAGGUUCAAACACUUGCAGGAAAAGGGAAAAAAAACCAAAAAAGAAAAGACAUCAAGGGUGGUAGCGGAGGAGUCCUUCUCCCUUCUCGUUUGCAUCAGUUGGACGGGAUCCGACACUUUUCUGAGAAUUGUAAACUCGGUUCUUUGGUCGCCACCUGGAUCACAGGACAGCACAGGACAAUGGCAGAUACAGUCAGAUAUCUUGUUCUUGGGGUUUGGACUCAUGAAAUGCAUCGGAGGGGUGUUGCAUAGCGAGGCAGGCAUAAGAGAAAUCAUCUGGGGGUCUGGACUGGUGAGCAAUUCAUGUUGGGAGGGUGCACAGUGAAGACCAUGGGAUGGGAGCGGGAUGCAUUUGAAAGGGUGGCAAUUGCGAGUACCAGUGGACUUUUUCUAUGGGGGUUUAAUCAGCUCGUCCCUAUUGUUUUCAUGGAUCUUUCCUUGGUAUCAGCUCUCUUUUGUCGAGGGACAGACCCAGGGAGGUGGUCGCAUUCGGUGUUGACGAGUCGGGAUCUCUGUUUUCAUUUCUUCCUUCCGCCCGGGCUCCUGGGUGUUUUGUUCUACGGUCCUUGUUUCCUCCUGUAUUAUCACCAUUUGCUCUUGACUCCCCCUUUGAACUUUUUGAUUUCUCGGCCUGUUGCAUCUCGAGGGAUUCUCAUGGCAUUGGAAUGAGGGAUACGAAGGGAUGGGAAACAUGUUGCGAGUUCCGUGUUUUGAGUCGACCUCUCUACAUAGCAGUUUUAAUUUGUGAAUUCAGAUUACCUCGACGGUGGAAACACAUGAUUCUCGCGAUCUUUCCAGGUAGAGGAAACUGGGAAG